AUGGCGACGAAUAAUAAUGCAGAUGGACAAUCAAUGAAACGUUUGAAAACAAAGAAGCUUGAUGUUGGUAAGUGAAAUGACAUCAGAAAUACUGAUUUCUGAUAAAUUUGAAAACAGAUCAACAACAACAAGUAUCUAUAAAAGAAUCAUUGAUGAAAAAACCAAGAGCGCCCGGCACAUCUGGUAAGAUAAAGAUCAUAUAUUUAUGUGGUAACAAAAUAAUUUCUUUGACAGAUCGACAACAAUUAUCAUUCAAAGACAAUGGUAUGUCAAAACGAGCAAGAGUACCUGGACAAUUAUUAACAGGUAAAAUAUAAAGAGAAGACUAAAAACACUAGAAAGUAUAAUUUUUUGUAGAACAACCACAAUUGUCAAUAAGCGAAGGACCAAAUGAAGGAAUGUCACGACGAGGAAAAGUAUCGAAAAAAGAAGGAGGUAUUUUUGACAAUUAAUCAUAACAAUAUUAAUUUUUGUUUAUUUCAGAACCUCUAUCAGAAUGUGGAAAUGUAGGAUCUCGUCGUGGAAAACCAGACAGAAGUCUCAAUGAGCCAGUUUCAAAACGUGGUGGAUUAUUCAAAAACAAAAAGUCGAAAUUCCAAGUUUCUUCAAUGGAACAAUCUUGUUUAUCUUCGAAAGGUUCAAAAAAUGAUGUGUUAUCUCCUUCGAUUCGUGGAGGAAAGAAAACAUCGAAAUCAAGUUUGUAAUUUGAAAACUAAAAAUUUUUUUUUUCGAAUUUUGAAAUUUCAGAGAGAAAAAGAUCAAAUGACACGGAUGAAAAAGGUGGAAAGAGAAGAAAAAAGAAAGGACCAUUGGAAAUUGGGGGAACAAUUGAAGGAACUGGUGGAACAAGUUAUCAAGUUCGACAAUUAAUUCGAAAUCCAGGUUCAAAUGGUGAAUAUUUGGUAUCAGAUGGGUCUACUGUAAGUGACACAAAAUUGAAACACACCUGCAGGGAGUGUCCCAAAAAUUUUGGGCAGUGUGGAAAUUUAUCACAAAAAAAUUUGCAGCGUGAAAUUUUGAAACUUUUCAUCAAAAUCCGCAGAAAAACUACAUUUUUUUCGUGAAAAAUGUACAGUGUGGCUUCUGAAAAAUUUUGUACAGUGUACUUUUUGGACACGUCUCUUCAGGUGUGAAUUGAAAGAAUUUUUGAAACAUUUUAUGAUUAAGGAAAAAAUAUUGCGUCUCAAUUUGAAAGGAAAAUUCAAAUUGAAACAUACAAUGGAUAUUUUGAAAAAAGUUGGAGGAAUGAAUCAACCAAAUGGAAAAUGUUUCUUUAUCGAAUUCAAAGAAUUAGGAUCCUACUUGAAAUAUGAUGUUUGUUUAUUUUUCGAAUGGUUUUGAAAGAUUGUAACAAUAUUUAAUUUCAGUACUUGGUUACAUCUGUCUAUAAUAUUCAAUUAUACGAAGUUCACACUGCUCUUUUCAAAGUUUUUAGUCGUGAUUGUACUAUGAACAUAGCUUAUCAGACUUUAGAAUGUUUGAGAGCAUUACACAAUGCUGGAUAUAUUCUUCGAAAUGUUAAACCAACUAGUUUUUCCAUUGGAUUUGGUCAAAAUGAGCGUUUAAUUUGUUUGUCUGAUUUUCGAAUUUCUCGAAAACAUAUUGAGGAUUAUAAAGUGAUAAAUGCUCGACCAAGAGUUGAAUAUAUUGGAACUGCCAGAUAUUCAAGUAUAAAUUCAAUGAAAUGUAUCGAUCAAGGAAGAAAAGAUGAUCUUGAAUCCUGGUUGUAUAUGAUUAUUGAUUUACUUGAUUAUACUUCUGCUUUGCCAUGGAAAAAUAAGCCAAAAAUCGAGGUUUUGCCAUUAAAAGAGAAAUUCUUUUGUCAUGGAGAUCCAAGUGUUUAUGUUUAUGCUCCAGAAGGUUUUAAGAAAAUUGUUGACUUGAUUAAUCAAUGGAAAUAUGACACUCUUCCUGACUAUGUGUAAGAUAAGAUAUACUCAUUUUUCUUUUUAUCGAAAAAAAUUAAUUUUUUUUAGAAACAUAAUAUCAAUCCUCGAUGAAAUUUGCAGUCAAAAUUCAUUAGAUCGAACAGUUUGUGAUUGGAUUGGAAAGUUUCCGAAUUUCUCGACUACUCAAAAAGCAAUUGAUGAUGCUGCCAAUAAAACUAGUGAUAAUAUUUGUAGUGGAGUUGAUGAUUUCGAAUAUGGACCGCCGAAAAAACAAACAAAAGUACCGAGAAAAUUGAUGAAUCCAGGAGAUACUAUCAAAAAUGGUCAAUUCACUUGGAAAGUUGUCAAUGUUUUGGGAUCUGGUGGAUUCGGUGAUGUUUAUCGUGUUUAUAAUGAAACCGAUAAAAAGAAAAAGGUUGGUUUUCUAGAAUUUUGAAUAGGAUUGAGAAAUUAUUCUUUCAGAACUACGCAUUGAAAACAGAAAGUGAAGACGGAAGAAAGAACAUGCUCCGUUUAAAAGUGGAAAUGCAAGUUUUAAUGGCAAUUCAAGAAGAUCGAAAAGCUAAAGGAGAAGACAAAGACAAACAGAAGACAAAUAAACAUUUUGUCGAGUUUGUUGAUCGUGGAAAAUCUGAAGAAUUGAGAUGUAAAUUCAUUGUAAUGAGCAUUGUUGGUCCAUCUCUCGAUGAUUGCCGCAAAAAAUUCAAUGUUGAUUUGUCACAAAAAGCAACACCAUAUAUUAUCGCAGUUCAAACAUUGGAAUCAGUUCGUGAUCUACAUAAUCUUGGAUUUCUUCAUCGAGAUAUCAAACCAGCGAAUUUUGCUGUAGGAAUUGGACCAAACGAAUAUAUGGUUUAUAUGUUAGAUUUUGGAAUCUCAAGAUUAUUCAUUGAUCAAAAAACAAAAGCAUUGAGAGCACCUCGAAAAAAGGUCAAAUUUUUGGGAACUCUUAGAUUUGCAUCUCGAGCUUGUAUGAAAUGGGAAGAUCAGGGAAGAAAAGAUGACCUCGAAUGUUGGAUGUAUAUGAUAUUUGAUUUGCUUGAUGAAGACAAUGGAAUUGCAUGGAAAUGUAUGGUUGAUAGAGAUAAAAUUGUCACACUCAAAACUGCAUUUUUUCAAACUAGUUGUAAGUUUACUUUUUGAGAAUCUGAGUUCCAAGUACAUGUUUUAUUUUCAGUGCCGACGGUUUAUGAAAUCAUUCCACGCCAGAUGAAAACACUCGUAAAAUACAUCGACACGUUAGAAUUUCAAUCAGUUCCUGAUUAUGUUUACAUUGAGAAUCAACUAACAAAUGUUGCUGAAAGUAUUGGGCAUUCUAUAAAAAAUAGGAAAAAAGUUGAAUGGCUUGGAAAAUUGAAGAAAGACGAGUCAGAACAAACAAAAAGAAUUGACGACGAAAGCGAAUCGGAAAGUGAAUCGAAAAAAUCAAAUGAUUCUGAAUAA